GCAACACCCCAGAGUUUCACCAUUUGAAGUGGGGAUUCGGUCCUGCAAGGAGGACACGGCUCCACACCCACGGACAUCGGCACAAGCGUUCCUGCGACCAGCCAGUUCCUCCAUCGUCUACCAAGAUGGUCCUCCUUCCUUCCCUCCUUCUUAUCCUCGCCUGCCUGUCGGGAUCCUUUGGCCAACAAGAUCUCCAGAACCGGGCCUUUGUUUUCCCAGCACCAUCUGACACGGCCACUGUGCAUCUCCACAUUUCCAACAAGCAACCCUUGACCAAGCUGACUGUCUGUUUGAAACACUACACUGUCCUGUCCCGUUCGUAUGGCCUCUUCUCUUAUGCCACCCAGUCCAGUGACAAUGAUUUCCUGAUCUACAAGAGCCAGGCCGACCAAUAUUCCAUUUACGUUGGGGGUUCAGCAGUAAAUUUCAAGGUUCCUCUGAAGGAGAAACCGAGCUGGGAUCACAUCUGUGUGUCCUGGGACUCCAGCAAUGGGCUGGUCCAGUUCUGGCUCAACGGAGAACCUUUCCCACGGCAGGGUGUGAAAAAGGGCUACAGCAUCAGCCCGGAGGCCUCCAUUGUGCUGGGGCAGGACCAGGACUCCUUCGGAGGGGGGUUUGAGAGCGUCCAAUCCUUUGUGGGGGAGAUUACAGAGGUCAAAAUGUGGCCCUGGGCGCUGAACCUUGCUGAGAUUAGAAUGGUCAGGAACAACAUUGAGCUUCAUGAUCCUCUGAUAUACUGGAGAUCCGUGAACUACACCAUCAAGGACGAGGUAUUUUUAGAGGAAUUCUUGAGCCCCCAAUGGGUAUGCACCUAAGUUGGAAGAAAGAAGAAAGAAACAAAAAGAAAAGAAAAGAAGAAAAGAAAAUUCUCUUUUUUGUGUGAAAAAAAAUAUCUAUAUUUCUGCAAUGGGAUGCCAAUUGCUCAAGUAGCCGUUGAUGAAUUACAGGCAGGUGAUCCAUGCUUGAAAGGCAGGCGUGAGCAAUAAAAUAAACUUCUUUUGUCAUGUUCG